AUGAGGGGGGUAGGCGCUCGAACCGCUUUUGCGGGAUACGAAGAUGUCGACGCAGUAGGACGAUCAGGAGAAGGACUGGACGACGCACCUCUUCUUCCGUGGACCGAACCUGAAUAUCUGAAAAAGUUAACUUUUACACAGUUCGUGAUUUACCUAGUUGGCUUCUCGGAGGGGCUUACACAUCUUGCCGCUCUAGCUAUAUACUACCUGCUAAAAGAUGAUCUCGUUGAAAUCGCUCUAAACAGGCCAUUCUUUGCUUUCUUAUCCGACAGCUUCGCUAUAUUCGGCUACCGGAGGAAACCCUAUAUGAUCUUCUUCAGUGCGCUGGAAGCUGUUGGUUUUCUAAUGCUAGGUCUUUCCCCUGCGUCGCUGUCCGCUGCGUUCUGCUCCGCUGUCGCAGAGGCUCUCGUUGUGGAGAGUACCACAGGAAAAACGCUCGAUCAAAGCGCGGAGAACGUUUCGGAUUUCAUCACCGCGAAAGCUGUUGGCAUUUUCGUGGCAACCGCAACUUUCCCCCUCUUCAUUACGUUGAUUUCUUUCUUCAUGAGCGACGUGACGACCCCACCGGCGCGAAACAUGAAGGCGCAGUUUCGGGAGCUCAGUGCUUUUCUGAAGCAGUCUGUCAUCUGGGGACCUGCGAUGUACAUUUUCGUGUACAUGGCCGGUCCUGACUACGACGACGCCCUGUUCUUCUUCUUCACUAACAAGCUCGGAUUCUCCCCCACCUUCAUGGGGACUCUGAGAUUCACUUACGGCAUAGCAGCUUUGCUCGGAGUGCUUCUUUAUCGGUUCGUGUUUAGACAGGCUGGGUUUCGGCAAACUCUAUUCUGGACCAUCAUAGUUGCUGUCCCCAUCUAUAUCUCCCCUGUUAUUCUGGUCACUGGCUUCAAUCAGAAGCUUGGGAUUAGCAAUCAAGCAUUUGUCCUGAGCGGCGGGUUCCUCAUCGAAGCGACGGCUGAGAUCCAGCUGCUCCCGCUGCUCGUUUUAACUGCCUCUAUAUGCCCACCUGGACUUGAGGGCAGCGUUUACGGGAUGAUGAUGUCGAUUCGUAACUCAGGCUCUAUGGUCUCCCGUGGUCUCAGCGCCUUGUUUACAUGGGCAGUUGGCAUAACGGCCACAAACUUCAGUCAUCUGACUUCUUACAUUCUCCUCUGUGGCGCAUGGCUGCUUCUUCCGCUCUUGUUCCUUGGUUUCAUGUAA